UCCACCACAGACAGCACCCGAGCCUCUCGGACACCUGGACCAUGGACCCCAGGGAGUGCUCCUGCUUGUCUGGAGGAAUAUGCAUCUGUGGAGACAACUGCAAAUGCACAACUUGCAACUGUAAAACAUGUCGAAAAAGCUGCUGCUCCUGCUGCCCCCCGGGCUGUGCCAAGUGUGCCCAGGGCUGCAUCUGCAAAGGAGGCUCCAGCAAGUGCAGCUGCUGCCACUGAAGGGCACCCGGGUGCUGGGGUGCGGCCUGGGAAGCGUCUGUACAGUGCAUAGGUGGAGAAGUUGAGAUGAGCGUGCUUUUUAUAUAUUUGCCCCAAUGAGGUGUUGGUGACAUUCGUGUAAAGUGUUGGAGCAAUAAAGUUUUCAUUCAUGGU